AGAGAAUUAAAUUAGUGAUGGGUUCUCUCAAUCCGCCUCGUACGUCUGCCUUUCCACUGCCCUCUCUCACGCCCUCUCUUUGCGGUCCCAAGAAACCUCCAUUGAUCAAAGGAAACCCCAUCAAACCUUCAAUUUUGGUAUGGGCGAUGGAUGGGAGACUGGGGUUUUGUUCUAUCGUUCUGGAUUUUAGGAGGUUGGAUGAACAGCCGAUUCGAACGGGAUCGCUAUCAAGCACCGACUGCAGCAAUUCUUGGUCGGAGUCGGCUUCUGUUAUAUUCUCAUGAGUGAUGAAGCAUCAUCCAGGAGUACGAAAGUGGAUCCAACUUUCUAGGGUAAUGGUGACUUAACUAGAAGAUGGUAGCCCCGAUCUUGGACAUGGACUGUCUGGUAGUCCAUGUGAAAUCCCUGUACUUGCUUCAAUUUCAAAGUAGGCACCAGAAAAUUGUCAAAGAGCAUGAACAAAAUUACUUUUGGCUGUCAAUGAUUGUAUUACUUCAGCAAAUGAUCCAUAGGUAAGCACAGGUGUUUGCCUAGCUGAUUAUCUAGUCCAGAACUAAGUAGGGAUCCCAGAGGCAACAUCUACCUCAUCCUCGACGAUAACCAUGCCAUCAUUCAUGAGGUCAGGGGAGAUAAAGUCCAGUGCUUCCAGUAGAUGUAGUAGGGUCAUAGGUAAAGGUUUAGAUAGUUACUCUUAUGCAUCCAUCAAGUGACAUACUAGGAUUAAAUUUUGCUGGGAGGCCUUUCAUCUUUUAAUUGCAAAGGAUUUCCUAUCAACUUAAGCCACUUCGAGCUUGUUAAAUGCAUAGGUCAUGGAGACAUUGGCAGUGUUCACAUAGCUGACUCAAGGGAACAGGAACUGACACCAUUUUUGCAAAGAAAGUGAUGGACAAGGCUUCCCUAAUUAGUGAAACUAGGCUAAUUUGGGCACAAACAGAUUCAUACUGCAUUCCCAUCAAGACAGAAAAAAUAUUUCUCCUUGGUUGUCGAGUGUCGUGGUGGUGGUAAUCUUCAUUCUCUUCAUCAGAAGUGACCUGAUAAAGCUUUUAACUUGGAAGAAUGCAUGACGUAAAUGUUGGUCUAUGCAAUGCUAAUCACUGAUUUUGCAUUUGGUAACUUCAGUAAGUCUCUGGGAACUUUUAUGCUUCAGAACCGUUGCUUGCAAUUGAAUAUCUGCACUUGAUUGGGAAACUAUAUAAGGAAUUGAAGCCAGUGAAUGUGCUUGUUAGAGAUGAUGGCAACAUAAAAGUAUCUAACUUUGCCUUGCUACGGGCUCACGGUAGUGCUCCUUCAACACCCCGAAAUCAGUCAGAAUUUUAUCUAUCCAUGCAGGAAAUAGUUCUUGCAUCCAAAGAAUUCUUUGGAGAAAACUUUAAUGUAAUGUUGAAUCCUGUGUUUGUUUGCAUACUCCCUGGGAAGAUCAAUAAAUCCUAAUUGAACUUUGGCUUUGGGUGCUGAGCUCCCUUGGAAUUGAUGGCAGAGCCAAUAGAUGCACACUCGAUGUCAUUCCUUGGGAUGAAUGAGUAUUUGGCCGUUGAAGUUAUCUGAGAGGAUCAUUGUAGUGCAGUGGAUUGGUGGACCAUUAGCAUAUUUUUGUACGGGCUUGUGUAUGGUACAACCCCUUGCAAGAAAUCAGGAAACUGAGUUACACUUUUAAACAUAGAAUGCCAACCAUUGAUGUUUCCAGUGGCACCAGCUGUGAGGUUGACUGCACAAGACCUUAGCCAUGGCCUCCUUGUCAUCGAAUUGCAGAAGAAAAGGAUUGGCUACAGAAGGGGUGCUACUGAGAUCAAAAAGUAUCCAUCAUCUGCGAGGGUUAAUUAGGCCCUCUGAGGAAUGCCACGCCACCUUAUAUACUUGAAUCAGUGGAGAUGAAGUGAUUUGCUUGUGGGAUAUGGUUACAGGAAAGAAAGUAACACCUAAUGGUCUACAUGGUGGCAACAAGAAUGAUGCAAGUGAUUGACUUUGUUUCUAUGACAUGGUGGCUUAGUUCUACAUCUGAUGUCAGAGAAGAAUUGGAUUGGUUUGUAAGGGUCAAAUGAAUCUAUCACUAUUAACUUAGAUUUUAGUAUCGUGGGUAAGUGGUUUAUGCCUAUCAAAUUAAUCGGUGGGUAGUAUCCCAUCAUGUAGGAUCAUGGCAGAUAUUAGAUUUGAUGAGGGAUCAAAGUAGAAAAUAACUAAAUGUGGAUGGGGAUGGUGACACAUCGCAUGGAGUUACUUUAAUCAGUUUGAUUUUGUAUUGUGUUUGUGGGCUCCGACAGAGGACUUCAAUGCAUUGGGAUGCGCGUGGUAUGCUGUUGCGGAAGAAACCACUAAAGAGUGUUCAGCUUGUAGAUGAUCAUGUGUCCGAUACACUGUUGUAUGCUUUCAAGAUUGACCACUGAAGAACAUGCUCUCAUGUUGAGAGCGGUAUUUUCUACUGCCCAGGGAUGGAGUGCUUGCUGUGCUGCACAUGAAGCUUCCACAGCAACCGACGAGGUGUGGCUACAGUGUUCGGCUCAGCCAGCAGAGGAGCGACAGAGCAAGCGAGGAAUUUGGUGUGCAAAAAAGUAUGUGCUCAUGCAGAGGAACGUUCACCAAUGACCGAUGCCGCUGCUCCAGCCACAGUCCUCACUUGUAUCUACUUUUAAUUCCACUCGAGCGCUUUCGCUUUUCCUUUCGAAAAAAGAAGAGCAACAAAGACAGGAACAACGCCACCACCCAUCUCCAUUUCUAUGCCCUCUGAUUCCCUCCUCUCCCCCAACCUUCCUCCUCUCUUAGUCCAGGUAGAUCUCCAUGGCUGCGGCUGCUCUUGCUUCCAAGCUCUUCCUUUGUCUCUCCACUUCCCUCCUCCUCCUCCUCUUCACCUUUCCUUGUUCCACUGCUUCGAGCUUCCCCCGCUUGUCGCUCAGAAAGCAAGCCUCCAUCCUCGUCUCUAUAGCGCAGUCCUUCCACACCUCGGACGACUUCUUCCGCAGCUGGAGCUUCUCCAACCAUGCAGCUGUCUGCGCAUGGAAUGGCGUUCGAUGCGACGACGCCCGGCGCGCAGUGAUCGAGCUCGACGUGUCGAACCUCAACAUCUCAGGUUUCCUGCCACCCGCCAUUGCGGAGCUCAAGAGCCUCGCUUCCCUCUCCGUCUCCGGUAACAGCUUCUCCGGUGAGUUCCCUCCCGGUAUCAGCAAGCUCUCCGGACUCAGGCAUCUCAACAUCUCCAAUAACCAUUUCAAUGGCACCAUGGACUGGAGCUUCUCCGGAAUGAUGGGACUCGAGGUACUCGAUGCUUACAACAAUGACUUCGUCGGGUCUCUCCCUGUCGCGCUCACUGGACUCCCCAUGCUACGCCAUCUGGAUCUCGGUGGGAAUUACUUCUCCGGCACCAUCCCGGCGGCCUACGGUGGCUUCCGAGCUAUACGCUUUGUCUCGUUGGCUGGGAAUGACCUGGGCGGACGCAUACCCCCCCAACUCGGCAAUCUCACCACUCUGGAGCAGCUCUACCUGGGCUACUACAACGAGUUCGACGGCGGGAUUCCGGCCGAGCUCGGGAGGUUGGCCGAGCUAGUCCAUCUCGACCUCUCCAGCUGUGGGUUGGAGGGCGGAAUCCCGCACCAACUGGGCAACCUCACGAAGCUCGACACUCUCUUCCUGCAAACGAAUCAGCUCACCGGCACCGUCCCUCCCCACCUUGGCAACCUGAGCAACCUGAGAUACCUCGACAUCUCGAACAAUGCGCUGACCGGCGAGAUCCCGGAAGAGUUCUCGGCUCUCCGGGAGCUCAAGCUGCUGCACAUGUUCAUCAAUCGGUUCCAUGGAGAGAUCCCAGUGUUCGUCGCCGAGCUGCCCCAUUUGGAGGUCCUGAAGCUGUGGCAGAACAACUUCACCGGCGUGAUCCCUCCCAGCCUCGGACGGAACGGCGUGCUUCGAGAGCUCGAUCUCUCCACCAACAAGCUCACUGGAUUAGUCCCCCGAGCUCUCUGCUCCGGGAGGAAGCUGGAGAUUCUGAUUCUGCUAAACAACUUCCUCUUCGGUCCGCUGCCGGACGAUCUUGGCGAGUGCACGACGCUGGGUCGGGUCCGCAUGGGGCAGAACUACUUGACCGGGGCCAUUCCUGGGGGCUUCCUCUACCUGCCGGAGCUCUCGCUGCUGGAGCUGCAGAACAACUAUCUCACCGGCACGAUGGCGGAAGAGCCCGCGAAGAGGCCCGAAAGGCUCGGCCAGCUGAAUCUAUCCAACAACCGGCUCUCCGGACCUCUUCCGGCCUCCGUCGGCAACUUCUCCGCGCUGCAGAUUCUUCUUCUCAGUGGCAACCAGUUCACAGGGGAGAUACCCUCUCAGGUUGGCCUUCUAAGGCACGUCCUCAAGGUGGACGUGAGCAAGAACAACUUCACCGGUAGAAUUCCGCCUGAGAUCGGCGACUGCUUCUUGCUGACGUACCUGGAUUUGAGCCAAAACCAUCUCUCCGGACCGAUCCCAUCUCGACUCUCGCAAACAAGGAUACUGAACUAUCUGAAUGUUUCAUGGAACCGGUUGAAUGGAAGCAUUCCGAAGGAGAUCGGAAGCAUGAAGAGCCUGACCUCUGCCGACUUCUCGCACAAUGACUUCUCCGGCAGAGUACCGGAGUCUGGGCAGUUCGCCUACUUCAACGCUUCAUCUUUUCUUGCCAACCCGCAGCUAUGUGGAUCGAUUCUUUCGAGCCCCUGCAACAUUUCGGCAAGUUCCCAAUUCCAGUACGACCAACACCAAAGCUUCAAGUCGCAGCUCCCUGGAAGAUCCAAGCUCCUGCUUGCACUCGGCCUCUUGAUAUGUUCCAUGUCGUUCGCCGUCACAGUAGCCAUCAAGACGCGGUCGAUGAUGAAGAGGAACUCGAAAUCAUGGAAGCUGACGGCGUUCCAGAAGCUAGAGUUCGAGAGCGAAGACAUCGUCGAAUGCCUCAAAGACAACUGCAUCAUAGGAAGAGGAGGAGCAGGAAUCGUGUACAGAGGAACGAUGCCGAGCGGCGAAGAGGUCGCGGUGAAGCGACUGCUUGGGAUCAGCAAGGGAUCAACCCAUGACAAUGGAUUCUCUGCGGAGAUACAGACGCUGGGCAAGAUCAGGCACCGGAACAUCGUGCGGUUGCUCGCCUUCUGCUCGAACAAGGAGUCCAAGCUGCUGGUGUACGAGUACAUGCCCAAUGGGUGCUUGGGGGAGCUGCUCCAUGGAAAGAGAGGUGGAUAUCUCAGCUGGCAAAUGAGGCUCCGGAUCGCCAUAGAAGCCGCGAAGGGGUUGUGCUACUUGCACCAUGACUGCCGCCCGCCGAUACUUCAUCGGGAUGUCAAGUCCAAUAACAUCUUGUUGGAUGCCAACUUCGAAGCUCAUGUCGCAGAUUUCGGCCUCGCCAAGUACCUGAGGGACACGGGAGCUUCCGAGUGCAUGUCGGCCAUCGCCGGUUCCUACGGCUACAUCGCCCCCGCUAAAGGAGUAGGAAGAGUUGGCGGGGAUGAAGAGUAUGCCUACACUCUCAAGGUGGACGAGAAGAGCGAUGUCUACAGCUUCGGUGUGGUUCUGUUGGAGCUGAUCACCGGCCGGAGACCCGUGGGCGACUUCGGGGAGGAAGGAUUAGACCUCGUGCAAUGGACAAGAAUGAGCACGAAUUGGAGCAAGGAAGGGGUGGUGAGGAUAUUGGAUCCAUGGCUCAGCAAUGUCCCACUGGAAGAGGCGACGCAGGUGUUCUUCGUGGCCAUGCUCUGCGUCCAAGAGCACAGCGUCGAGCGGCCCACCAUGAGAGAGGUCGUGCAGAUGCUCGAGCAGGCGAAGCCAUCCUACGGCUUCCAUGCACGUUAAUCGUCGCGAAUGCUUUGAGAUUCCGCCGCAAUUAAUGUAAACGUGAUGCGCGUGAUGUUGUUGUUGCUGUUGUGUGUGUGUAAGAGCGAGAGAGAGAGAGAGAGAGAGAGAGAGAGAGAGUCGAGCAUCUUCCAUGACAAUGCACCUCAUUUGCCAGGAAUCUUUGUGUUGCAAGAGCUGUUACCUUCUCCCAAUAAAAGCUGGGGACGGACUACUGGUGUCAUCUGAAAGAUGGGUGCAUGCCAUGGCUUUUGGCAUGGUGCAGUGGCUUUCAGCUCGA